CGACUUUACCAUCACUUCACCUCUUUUCAAUCACAACCUAAUAACGGUUAACAAAUUCAAAACAACAUAACCCCGGCACGGUGUUUUAUUUUCGUUAGUCUUUUUGUCCAUUGAGAAGCUUUGCGUUGGAGCGAAUCAAUUCUGGAACUAGGAUACAUAUAUCACCAUACCGCGCGCUCUGCUUUUCUCCCUUUCAAGUGUUAUCACGUGCGUGAGCUAAAUUCUACAAGCAGUGUAGGGUUGCACAAACACAUUUAGGUUCCAAACUGUUUAAUUUCUCAGCGAGAACGUUGUGAAAACUCGGUCUGAUAGAGGUCAAAUAUUUAGAUAAUUGGAACUGUGAUGAUGACAAGAGGCGGGAAGAAGAACUUUUGAGAAAUACCUUCUUCUAUGACCUUUAAUAACCGGUGGCUUUACUGCCCUUCAUCCAUAUGAGAAGUUUUCCCUGAGCUCGAGACAUCUGCCGCGCACUCUGCGCUGUCCAAACUCUCUGCCACCGGGAAUAUUACGCGCGUUUUUGUCAUAGGUUGUUCUAUUACCACAUUGGGAGAUAUAGGGCGAUUGUUUCAUGGUAGACUUGGGUUGCAUGCAUCAAUGCCAAGGAAUUUCAUUAGGGGAACUUUGCCCAAGGAAAACGAGAGCCGUCUGUCUAGGAUGGAGCCGGUGGCCAAGGAGAGAGGGACGACAGAGAACGGAGGCAGCUCCUCUACAAGGGAGCAACGCUCCUCCUGCUCCAGCCUCAAGAUGUUCCUUGUGGCCCUAUCGUUUGCCUACUUUGCCAAGGCCUUGUCUGGCAGCUACAUGAAGAGCACAAUAACCCAGCUGGAGAGGCGCUUUGACAUCCCCAGUUACCUAACAGGCGUCAUCGAUGGGAGCUUUGAGAUAGGUAACCUGUUGGUGAUAGCAUUCGUGAGUUACUUUGGUGCAAAGCUGCAUCGGCCCAAGAUCAUUGCAAUGGGCUGUGUACUGAUGGCAGUGGGAACAUUCAUCAUCGCUCUGCCACACUUCCUCAUCGGACGCUAUAAGUUCGAAACAUCAAUCCGAUCGUCAGUGAAUUCAACCAAUAACCUCUCUCCAUGUCCAGCGCGCCUGUUGUCACCCUCCUCGCAAGCUUCGGGUGACCCGCUUUCUGAGGCACCAAGCACAGGGACAGUAGGUUGUGAAGGAGAGUCCAACCUCUCCAUGUGGAUCUAUGUGUUCCUUGGGAACGUCUUACGAGGGAUCGGGGAGACGCCAGUGCAGCCCCUUGGGAUCUCGUAUAUAGAUGAUUUCGCCAGGGAGGAAAAUGCUGCAUUUUACAUUGGCUGCGUUCAGACCAUAGCAGUCAUUGGUCCUGUGUUUGGCUAUUUACUGGGAUCCCUGUGUGCCAAAAUAUAUGUGGACAUUGGAUUUGUCAACAUGGAGAGUAUCACCAUAAGCCCUGGUGAUGCUCGCUGGGUGGGGGCCUGGUGGUUAGGUUACCUUAUAGCUGGGGUAAUCACCCUGCUUUCAGCCAUCCCCUUCUGGUUCCUGCCCCGUUCCCUGCCCAUCCCGUCAGACCGAAUCCCAGCCCAGUGCACCCCGGAGCGGACUAGCUUCAUCAAAGACUCCCCUCUCCUGGAGCAUAAGUACCAAGCCGACGAGCCAGCUGGCUUUCUGGAGAUGGCCAAAGAUUUCAUACCAACGUUGAAAACCCUCCUGGGGAACCCAGUGUACUUCAUCUACCUGUGUGUGACCAUCAUUCAGCUGAACUCUCUCAUCGGCAUGGUAACCUACAAGCCCAAGUACAUAGAGCAGCAUUACGGACAGUCAGCAUCAAAAGCCAAUUUCCUGAUGGGUACAAUCAACAUCCCUGCCGUGGCGUUGGGAAUUUUCACCGGUGGCCUGCUCAUGAAGAGGCUGAAGCUGAGCAUCAUGGGAGCAGCCAAGUUUGCGUUCAGCACCUCUCUGAUAGGCUACUUCCUAUCCCUCUUCUUCUUCGUCAUGAGCUGCGAGAACGCCAAAGUGGCUGGGAUCACGCUGCCCUACAACAGGGUGGGUGGUGUAUCGUAUGAGGAGCGCUCAGUAUUCUCAGCCUGUAACUCAGACUGUGUUUGUUCAGGCAGAGACUGGGACCCUGUCUGUGGAGAGAACGGCAUCACGUACGUCUCUCCCUGCCUGGCUGGCUGCCAGACCUCCACAGGAUCAGGGAAGAACACGGUGUUCUCUAACUGUAGCUGUGUGGUGGUAGCAGGGCUGAGCAGUGGUAACCUGACAGCCAGUGUAGGCCACUGUCCUCACAGAGACGACUGUGACCGUGUCUUCCCUUACUUCCUGGCUCUUUCUGUCAUCACUUCCUUUAUCAUCUCACUGGGUGGCACGCCAGGCUACAUGGUCCUCAUCAGGUGUAUCAAGCCUCAACUCAAGUCCUUAGCUCUGGGGUUCCAUACUCUGUCCACACGUACACUUGCGGGCAUCCCAGCGCCCAUCUACUUUGGGGCGAUCAUCGACACCACGUGUCUGAAGUGGGGCCAGAAGAGAUGCGGAGGGAGAGGAGCCUGUCGUAUAUACAACACUACAGCAUACAGGAUAGCUUACCUGGGUCUGACUAUGGGCCUGAGGACAGUUUCCUUCCUGCUGUGUAUACUGGGAUUCGUGCUGCUCAAACAACACCUGCGGAGAGAGGAACGCAGCGCCCACCAAGUGGCCAAUGGCGGAGCAGAACUGGAGGCACUCAGGAAAGAGGAGGUCCUAGCCUCCAACUCGGACCAAUCGCUACAGACUUCCACAACAGACUACAACAACACAGAGAGAGAGACACGGCUGUGACAGUCUGAGACAAUCUCCCCUGAUCCCUCACGUUACACACAGACACACACAAACACUAGAUUUGCAGGAACCAACAACGGGCUGUCCCUGACCAUCUCAUCUCAUAGAACAUAAAUUAUGUAUUUGUACUGGACCUGUCUAGGUUAUGUAUAUUUAAAAAUAUACAGUUGAAGUCGGAAGUUUACAUGCACCUUAGCCAAAUACAUUUAAACUCAGUUUUUCACAAUUCCUAACAUUUAAUCCUAAUAAGAAUUCCCUGUCUUAGGUCAGUUAGGAUCACCACUUUAUUUUAAGAAUGUGAAAUAGUAAAGAGAAUGAUUUAUUUCAGCUUUUAUUUCUUUCAUCACAUUCCAAGUGGGUCAGAAGUUUACAUACACACAAUUAGUAUUUGGUAACAUUGCCAUUAAAUUGUUUAACUUGGGUCAAACAUUUCGGGUAGCCUUCCACAAGCUUCCCACAAUAAGAUGAGUGAAUUUUGUCCCAUUCCUCCUGACAGAGCUGGUGUAACUGAGUCAGGUUUGUAGGCCUCCUUGCUCGCACACGCUUUUUCAGUUCUGCCCACAAAUGUUCUAUAGGAUUGAGGUCAAGGCUUUGUGAUAGCCACUCCAUUACCUUGACUUUAUUGUCCUUAAGCCAUUUUGACACAACUUUGGAAGUAUGCUUGGGGUCAUUGUCCAUUUGGAAGACCCAUUUGCAACCAAGCUUUAACUUCCUGACUGAUGUCUUGAGAUGUUGCUUCAAUAUAUCCACAUAAUUUUCCAUCCUCAUGAGCCAUCUAUUUUGUGAAGUGCACCAGUUCCUCCUGCAGCAAAGCACACCCGCAACAUGAUGCUGCCACCCCCGUGCUUCACGGUUGGGAUGGUGUUCUUCGGCUUGCAAGCCUCCCCCUUUUUCCUUCAAACAUAACAAUGGUCAUUAUGGCCAAACAGUUCUAUUUUUGUUACAUCAGACCAGAGGACAUUUCUCCAAAAAGUACAAACUUUGUCCCCAUGUGCAGUUGUAAACUGUAGUAUGGCUUUACAAUGGUGGUUUUGGAGCAGUAGCUUCUUCCUUGCUGAGUGGCCAUUCAGGUUAUACCUUCAUGCGUUUGGAAAUUGCUCCCAAGGAUGAACCAGACUUGUGGAGGUCUACAAUUUUCUUUCUGAGGUCUUGGCUGAUUUCUUUUGAUUUUCCCAUGAUGUCAAGCCAAGAGGCACUGAGUUUGAAGGUAGGCCUUGAAAUACAUCCACAGGUACACCUCCAAUUGAUUAAAAUUAUGUCAAUUAGCCUAUCAAAAGCUUCUAAAGCCAUGACAUCAUUUUCUGGAAUUUUCCAAGCUGUUUAAAGGCACAGUCAACUUAGUGUAUGUAAACUUCUUACCCACUGGAAUUGUGAUACAGUGAAUUAUAAGUGAAAUAAUCUGUCUGUAAACAAUUGUUGGAAAAAUUACUUGUGUCAAGCACAAAGUAGAUGUCCUAACCGACUUGCCAAAACUAUAGUUUGUUAACAAGAAAUUUGUGGAGUUUUAAUGACUCCAACCUAAGUGUAUGUAAACUUCUGACUUCAGCUGUAUAUGUUUUUGAUAUAACUGAAGUAUUUCAUAGAUGUACCUGCUGUAUUUCACAAAACCACAAAUGUAAGUACAUAGAAGGUCAUCUUUGUUGUUGGUACAAAGAAAGUAUUUACGUGGAUUUGUUAA